CGCCGCGCUUCGGUUAAGAGGCGCAGGGGCCCGCGCCAUCCGGCCGCCCGGAAUCCGAUCCCCGCGGCGGCUGCGCGUCCCGGCCGCGGCCCCUGGAGCCCGGGGCGGGGAGGGCGCCCGGCGGAUCAAGAUGGCAAUGUCUCUCGUCCAGGCGUGCCGCAGCCUGGCGCUCUCAACAUGGCUGCUUUCCUUUUGUUUCGUGCAUCUGCUCUGCUUGGACUUCACCGUGGCCGAGAAGGAGGAAUGGUACACCGCCUUCGUGAACAUCACCUACGCCGAGCCCGCGCCCGAGCCCGGGGCCGGCGGCGCGGAGCUGCGCACCGAGAAGUCCGAGUGCGGGCGCUACGGGGAGCACUCGCCCAAGCAGGACGCCCGCGGGGAGGUGGUCAUGGCCAGCUCGGCGCACGACCGCCUGGCCUGCGACCCCAGCACCAAGUUCGCCGCGCCGACCCAGGGCAGGAACUGGAUAGCCCUCAUCCCCAAAGGCAACUGCACGUACAGGGAUAAAAUCCGGAACGCGUUCCUGCAGAACGCCUCGGCCGUGGUCAUCUUCAACGUGGGCUCCAACACCAACGAGACCAUCACCAUGCCCCACGCAGGUGUGGAAGACAUCGUGGCCAUAAUGAUUCCUGAGCCCAAAGGGAAGGAGAUAGUAAGCCUGCUGGAGAGGAACAUCACCGUGACGAUGUACAUCACCAUCGGAACCCGGAACUUGCAGAAAUAUGUGAGCCGCACGUCGGUUGUGUUUGUCUCCAUCUCCUUCAUUGUCCUGAUGAUCAUUUCCCUCGCAUGGCUGGUCUUUUAUUAUAUCCAGAGGUUUCGAUACGCAAAUGCCAGGGACAGGAACCAGCGGCGACUGGGAGAUGCAGCAAAGAAAGCCAUCAGCAAGCUCCAGGUUAGGACCAUCAAGAAAGGCGACAAGGAAACAGAGCCAGAUUUUGACAACUGUGCCGUGUGUAUUGAAGGGUACAAGCCCAACGACGUGGUCAGGAUCCUGCCCUGCCGGCAUCUUUUCCACAAGUCCUGUGUUGACCCCUGGCUUCUAGACCAUCGCACCUGUCCCAUGUGCAAGAUGAACAUUCUUAAAGCCCUAGGGAUCCCGCCCAAUGCUGACUGCAUGGAUGACCUGCCUACCGACUUUGAGGGCUCCCUAGGAGGUCCCCCAACCAACCAGAUCACAGGCGCAAGUGACACGACAGUAAACGAGAGCUCAGUCACAUUGGACCCUGCUGUCCGGACUGUGGGAGCCUUGCAGGUGGUCCAGGAUGCAGACCCCACGCCCCAGGAGGGAGAAGUCAUCUUUACAACUAAUAGUGAGCAGGAACCUGCCGUGAGCAGCGAUUCUGACAUCUCACUGAUCAUGGCCAUGGAAGCGGGGUUAUCUGAUGUGGAACUUUCCACUGACCAAGACUGCGAGGAGGUGAAAUCUUGAAACGGUGAAUGUAGAGACGAGAGAUAGUAGGGCCCAAGGGGACAGAAGGGAGGAGCGUGCCAAGACUUGACCUGGGCACACACACUUCAGAUCACCUUGGAACUCUAGCGCGCUGUGUUCAAGAUGGUAAUGCAAAGCAAUAUCCAAAGUCUCAUUAAUCAGGAUGCAGUUUUUCCAUCUCUACAGCAGUCUGUGGCCUUGGCAGCUUGGAAGUUGAAAGCUGGUUUCCCCGUCCGUGUGCUUGGACACCUGUAUUUCAGAAGCUCCGAGAACAGAGACUGCAAGAAAAACCUUCCGGUUUUCUUAGUUUUAUUUCGAGUUUUCUAGGUCUUAUUGUUCCUGUUUGGGGGAGCCUGUUUGACUUCUUUGUUGAAUUUCUUUUUAAAGACUGUAUAGUUUACAUCUCCUCCUCUGUUUUUCCCCUGGCUCCCUUCCACUCCCAUGUAGAGUUCUGUUUAGAAGCCCCAGUUCCUGCUACGAUCAGUUUGUACGACACUCUGAGAUUUGUGGUUUUGACCCCUCUCUCGGCACGAAGUGUGCAUGGCUUUGAGAAGUGCCUCCACACCUUGAGACCGUGUAAGACCAGCUCUCGUUAAGAACCGAAAUUAUUUUAGAUGGGUUUUUAAAAGUCCAGAUGCUAGAGACCCUAACGCUAAGUUCUAAAUCUGCUGAGGCCAUUCCUCAUUAUUUUAAGCUACAUCCACUGGCUUUGAUUCACCAGGAUCUGUGAAGGGACCACCAAGACAUGAGCAGAGAGUUCCAGGAUGUACUUUAGCUCAUCUAGGUCUUGCGGUCUCUGGCUGAAAUUCUGAACUCGUAAGCACCCGCUACAAGGCAGGAACACUGAUCUUCAGUAGCAGUGUCGGGGGCUGCAAGCCUCCAUUGAAAACCUAGUACUGUACUAUUUCCUUCCUUUUGAAAGCUGAAUGCCUGGGCACUGGUGUCCCAAGGCUGGAGCAGUUAGGCACCUCCAUGUGAGGGUUCCACGGGACAUGGAGGCUUUAGAAGAGACGCAGUCAUGUUUGAGCCCCGUGGUGGGUUCAGUGGAGGCUACAGUCGCACUUUGCUUUUACCGUGGUUCCCACGCCCUUAAGUUAAACCUCACCAGACCGUGUAGAAGGGUUCAGAUGAAUCCUUAGUAGCUUGUUUCUCACCGCUUCCUAGAGGGUCCAGAAGCCCAGAGAGGAAUGAGGAGGGAUUGGAUAAAUCAUUUGAACUGAAAAAUGCAGCGUGGAAAUUUGCUGAAUCAAGUUUAUCUGAUGGAGAGGGGAAAACUGGGAAAAGAGGUAUCUGAGGAAUACUAAAACCCGCCUUUGUUUUUUAAACUUUUUCUCUCUUUAUUCUUUCUUUUUUUUUUUUUUUGUAAUGAUGACAGAAACAUGCUAGUUUUGCAGGCGGUGAUUUUGUAAUACAUUCAAACUCUCCAGAUGCAGGGGUGACUCAGGCCGUGACCUGUGUCUGGACGGCCAGGUGGGUCACCUUAUCAUCUCUAAGCGGUUGGCAGAGGCCUGGCCGCUGCUUGGAUUAACCGUGAAAGAAAGCUCUUCUCACUGAGCUGCAUUUGUGUGUUUGAUGAGGGCUUUUCCGCCUCAUUACACUAAUACUCACUCAAACACAGAAUUUGGUUCCACUGUAAACCCUUGCUGCCUGCUGAAACCUGGCAUGUGGGUCAGGGGAAAACACUGGUUGCUCUUUUGUCACCACCCAGAAUGUUUUCCUGGAAUGAAAUUCAGUCUCUGAGGAGGAGGAGGAGGAGGCAGGCAGGGGGGGGCGUGAAGGGACGGCUAAAUCAGGGGACCAAAGUCCUUGAUGAGCCACACCCUCAGGAGGCCUUGGUUUUUCCAUCCGUAAAGUGAGGAAUUCAGCAGGAUAAUUUCCAAAGCUCCCGCAGAUUUUAGGAUCACAGCUGACCGUUCGCCAGUGAGAUCCGCUUUUGCAGAUAGCAGCCGACGUCAGAGCUGGGGGAGGCAGACGAAGCCUUGGAGGCUUGGCUCGCCUGCGUUGCUGACAGUGAAGAUCUAAAUGAUUCCAGUUUCAAAUCCAAGUAGGAGUUGGUUUGUUCUGCCUUGUGUCAGAGCUGCUGUUAGAGCUUGCAUUGUCUGCAUCCCUUCAAAUCCUAGUUCUCGGCGCAGCAUCUCAAUCUCGACCAUGUUUAUGUUUCUCAGUCAGCGUUGGCCUUCAUCACCUAUGCCCCUGAACAGAAUUUUGGCAGUAAGAAUAGAGGAAUUAGGAUGAUUCCGCAGCAAAGGAAACAGGAAUUGUAUUUCAUACUCAAAGAGACAAUGUCCUUUGCAUGGUACCGCCUUCUGUUCUGGUAAAAAUUUUUCUCUUUGGGAUAAUGGCCAGAAAAAUCAGGAAUUAAUUGCAUAAGCGAGCCCGGGCCACGCGCUACCCUGUAGGAUCUUGUAGAUGAGGAGGGGCCCAAGAGGUUGGUCUGAGGCCUGUGGAUCUGCCCACAUGGACGUCCCACUGCAAACCCCGUGAGCCUGUGGGAAUUUUCUCUUCCCGGAGGGUUUUAGUGUUUGCUAUGGCCUUGGCAGUUAGAAAAAUCUUUGUAGUCAAAAAGUUUCCCUUUCAAAAGAAAUGGAAAAAGCCCUUCACGGCAGCCUUCCUUGCCACCUUCCCCCAAAAUGAGAUUCUGUGUGACCUGGAGGCAGGUGGAUACACACAAGUGUCGAAGGAUGUGUAGCCCGGGGUUGCAAACUAUGUGUAUUUUCACAAACACAUAUUGGAAAGGUCGAAGCCAGUGCUGUCUAAUAGAAAUACAGUGCAAAUCAUAUGUGUAAUUUUAAAUUUUCUACUAGCCACAUGUUAAGAAAUAAAAGCAGCAGGUAACAACUUUCUAAUAAUGUAUUUUAUUUAACCCAAUACUAUUGUUUCAGCAGUAAUUGAUGUAAAAAGUGCUAAUGAGAUGUUCUUUGUGCGAAGUCUUCUAAAUCCAUUGUGUGUUUUGUACUCACAGCACAUCUCAUUUUGGACUUGUGACCCCGUAAGCACUCACUCACCACACAUGUCUAGGAGGUACCCACCAGGCAGCAGGGGUCCAGAUCUCCUCCAGUCUCCUCACAAGAAUCCCUAGUUC